AUGCCUGACUUGCUUCUGCCACCCCCUUACUCGCCCACUCAACCUCUCUGGUGCAGGCGGCUGGCGCUGCUGGCGGGGUCUCUGCUGGCGGGGUCUCUGCUGGCGGUGUCGCUGCUGGCGGGGUCUCUGCUGGCGGUGACGCUGCUGGCGGUGGCACUGCUGGCGGAGUCGCUGCUGGCGGUUCUGCGUGUUCGCUUGCUGGCAAGCUUGUGGAUCGCGUACGAUCUGGAGCGUGCAGUGGCGGAGCAGUAG